UAGCCUACUCAGAGAGAUGUGAUAGUGUUCUGUCCCGUAGUAGCUCGCGCGAUCCCGUUGCCUGCACGCGGCCGAGCCUUUUAACAUCGCAAUCUCGGUCGACCCCUCGCGACUGGUGGAAACUGGAAACGGACUCGGACAUACGCAUGCACGCGCUCUGGUCGUUUCCACCACAUCAGCCCGGGGAUUACAACUGGCGUGGCUCGUGCACAGCUGGCCCGUGUUGUUUAUGUAAUAGCCGUGGUGCGAACUGAUGGUAACAUUAAAAUAUCACCGUUUGUUUCGUUCUGAUGACGGAGCGGCUGGUUCUGUUCGUUCUGAUGCUUUGAUAACAACGGAAUUUAACAGCGGGAACUGGGAGGAGUGUGAGUGUGAGCUCUCCCGUCACAUGCACGUAAAGCACGCACACACAGCUCGGUGAAAAUCAGCACACCGGAAAAUCUGUUUGGAAUACGGUGCGUCUCGCGCUCUUAACCUCUACCAGGGGAGAAGCCGCCCCGUCGCGGACAGAGGGCAGGCCGGAGAGAGAGACAGAGAGGAGGAGGAGGAGGGUUGGUAUAACGGGCAUCGGUUCGUCUGUCGGUCUGAGGGAUUCAGACAGCGGGUAGCUGUUCUCUACUGUAGCCGCAUCGCAGCCACCCAACCCCUAUACAUCUGCUGCUGUGGCCCGCUGACUGAGUGGAGGAUGAACGGAAGGGAUUAACGACGAGGGAGAUAGAGAGAGGGGGAAGAGGAGAGGGAUAGAGAGAGGAUGGGUAAGGACCAGGACCUGCUUCAUGCGGUGAAGACCGAGGAUCUUCUGACGGCGCAGCGGCUUCUCCAGCGACCCAGGCCCGGGAAAACCAAGUUGCUGGGAACAGCCAAGAGGGUCAAUGUUAACUUCCAGGACACAGACGGGUUGUCUCCUCUGCACCAUGCUGCUCUGAGCGGCAACAAGGAGCUGAUCUCUCUGCUGUUGGAGGCUCAGGCCACAGUGGACAUUAAGGACCAGAACGGUAUGCGUCCACUGCACUACGCGGCGUGGCAGGGGAAGACUGAGCCAAUGAAAAUGCUCCUGAAGGCGGGAUCAUCAGUCAACAUUCAAUCAGACGAGGGCCAGAUCCCCCUGCACCUAUCAGCACAGCACGGACAUUACGACGGGUCUGAGAUGUUGCUGCAGCACCAGUCUAAUCCGUGUAUCUCCGACACGGCCGGUAAGACUCCUCUGGACCUGGCCUGUGAAUUUGGACGAGUGGGGGUGGUCCAGCUGCUCCUCAGUAGUAAUGUCUGUGCAGCGAUGAUCGAGCCGAAGCCGUCGAACCCCAACGGCGUCUCUCCUCUUCACCUGGCCGCCAAGAACGGACACAUCGAUGUCAUACGUCUGCUGAUCCAAGCAGGUAUAGACAUCAACAGACAGUCAGAGUCGGGGACGGCGCUGCAUCAGGCAGCUCUCUGUGGAAAGACUGAGGUGGUGAGACUGCUGUUGGAUAGUGGCAUCAGUGCUGGGGUGAGGAACACUCUGUGUCAGACGGCUCUGGACAUCGUUAACCAGUUCACCGCCACACAGGCCAGCAGAGAGAUCAAACAGCUGCUGAGAGAUGCGUCAGCUGCGAUGCAGGUCAGAGCUCUGACAGAGUACUGCAACAACUACGACCUGACGAGCCUCAACAUCAAGACUGGAGACAUCAUCACGGUUCUGGAGCAGCAUUCUGACGGCCGGUGGAAGGGUUGUAUCCAUGACAACCGGACAGGAAAUGACCGCGUCGGCUACUUCCCCUCCAGCAUGGUGGAGGUGAUCAGCAAGAGGCCAGGUUCUCGGGGCUCUGAGUCCAGUCCCCACGGCUCUCCCACACUUGGCCAGCAGGGCGGCUCCAGCGAGGAUGUCUGGGUUCUCCGGAAGCCCCUCGCAGGUGGUGACCGUAGCAGCAGUGUGGGUAGUCUGGGUAGCGUUCGUUCCCUCGGCAGCGUCCAGAGUUCUGGAAAUACACAACACGCCCUGAAUACGCCUCCUCCGCCUGCCACAGCACACGCUACUAACACGCCAGCUAGCAGCCUGAACACACACGGCCUCAACGCUCCCGGGCUCCACGCGCAGUCGGAGGGAGUCAAGCUCCUAGCCACAGUGAUGUCCCAGUCAAUAAAGGCAAAGGAGCAUCUGUUGGAGCAGUCCAAGUCUGUGGAGCAGGCAGCAGCUGCUGCUAAGAGUCCAUCUGGUUGUCCUCCUCAAGAACAGCGCUCCUUUGAUCGCAAGGCAGAGGCAGAUGUGAAGAGUGAGGCGGUAGUGACCUGGUUGACUGAGUGUCAGCUGCAGUUCUACACCACUCACCUCCUCACCGCUGGCUAUGACCUAGACACCAUAGGCCACAUGACCCCCGAGGACCUGACAGCAAUCGGUGUAACUAAACCAGGCCAUCGUAAGAAGAUGACAUCAGAGAUCAGCAAACUGCCGUCUGGUGACUGGCUACCUGACCACAAACCAGCCAGCCUGGCAGAGUGGUUGUCAGCGAUUGGGCUGAACCAGUACUACCAGGUUCUGGUGCAAAAUGGAUAUGACAACAUCGACUUCAUCACUGAGAUCAGCUGGGAGGACCUGAAGGAGAUUGGCAUCACCAAGCUGGGCCACCAAAAGAAGAUGAUGUUAGCAGUGAGGAGACUGGGGAAGUUCCAGAGAGGAGAGAGUAUCUCUCAGCCUUCUACCCCUCCUUCUGGCUCCACCCCUCCUUCUGGCUCCACCCCUCCAUCCUCCUCCACUCCUCCCCCCUCUACCCCACUUCCCUCCACUGGGAGGGGUCAGAGGCCCCCCCUCACUAAACCCCGGCCAGGGAUUGAGUCCCCAACACACACACCCUCCCCACCUCACACUCCCACCAAGACCCACAAGGCUCGAGCCCACCCCUCCACCCAGCCCCCGCCAGCUGAUUCGCCAGUCCAAGAAGGGGGUGUGUCUGUUCCUUUACUCUGUCUGCCAAUGGAGGAGGAGCAUCGGCGAACUCACAGCCUGAUUGGCUACUCGGGGUACGAAGCCGAUGCCCUCUCGGUUACAGACUUCGCCCCUAGAUACGCCACGGUCUGCCGCAGCAGCUCGGCUCAACGCUCCGACCCCAAUGACGCAACUGUCAACCGCAGCCAAUCAUCAGUCACGCUGCGGCCCAGGAGGAAAGGCCGGCCCCCGACUCCGCCGAAACGGUCGUGUUCCUCCAUCUCCGGGGGCGACGGGCUGGGGGAGGGGCUGGGGGUAGUAGGGAUCAGGGAGAGGAGAGCCAGCGACUGUGGAGGGCUGGCGGAGAGGAGGGGGGAGGGGGGGCUGGUGAGGUCAGAGGGGGCGGGGGGGAGCGUCCGGAGCAUCGCCGCCAUGUUGGAGACAUCGAUGGGAGGAGUUGGUCCUGGAGGGGGAGGGGCCAAGACCCUGCCCAGAACCAUGGGAGGCAGAGGCAGCUACCUCAACCCUACACAGGUUAGUCCGGCGGCGUUGCGUCGUCAGGCCGGGUCAGGUGGUCUCGGGUCUGAUGAUGAUAUCAUGAAUCGGCGUCGGACCAUCAGCGGUCCGCUCACCGACCAGACAGACUCAGCCCAGAUCCAGUUCCCGCGGCAACACACUGAGCUACGCCCAGAACCCCGUCCACGCUCCACGGUCGUCACGCCGACAGGAGAAGGGCUUAUUACGGAUGGAACAGCGACCAUCAACCGAAGGAGAAAGCCCCACCCCCCCAACUAUUCUGACGCAGAGAAGUUCCAUCUGACGGAGACAGACACCAUUCGGCGACGCCCACGCAGCCGCGAGCACAGCAAUGACCAAUCCGACAACAGCACAACCACCAGCAGCCAACCAGCGAGUGCCACACCUGGCAGCGGCCAAACAGACAGCAGCAGGAAGAACGUUGACCAACCAGAGAGCAGCAGGAAGAGCGUUGACCAACCAGAGAGUAGCAUUGACCAAUUGCAUCACAGCCAGUUGGCCCCCCAGCAGGUGAAUGGAGGGGUCGACCAAUCUCACCGCAUCAUCCUGCGGAUACGGCCCGGGUCGGAGGCUGAGGGGGAGGUGGCCUCUCGCAGGGAGAGCUGUGAUAGGCCAGAAGUCAGGAAGCCGCUGAAGCCGCCGGUGUCGCCCAAACCCUCGAUGGUGGCCGUGAGGAGACAGCAGCAGGACCCCCCCACCCCGACCAGACGCGUUCCCUUACCUGGGCCUGAAGCUGACAGUCCUGCAGAUCCGCGGUGGAUGCCUCCCCCAGUCUCCUUCAAACCCUGCCCUCCUCCCACCGGUCCUAAACCCACCAAACCCUCACUCUCCUCCCCCACCCCUCUCCCUAGACCUCUCCCUGUCCCAGACACCCUCACCCCUCCCUCCCUGUCCCCUGUCCCCCCCUACACCUCCUCCUCCUCUCCCGCCACCAGCCCCUCCACUCCCCAGACCCCCUCCACCCCCGGUUCCACCCCCCACCCCGUCAAGCCUCCCCGCUCCUCCAUUUCUGGCCUCUCUGUCGACCUGCUGGUGGGGAGGGAGGGGGAGGAGAGGGAGGAGAGAGGGAGGGAGGAAGAAAGACUAAAAGAGGACCGGAGAGAAGUUGAGAAGGUGGAGGAGGAGAAGAGAGUUGAGAGGAGGAGAGAGAAGGAGGAGGUGGAGGAGGAGAGGAGAGUUGAGAGAAGGAGAGAGAAGGAGGAGGAGAGGAGAGUUGAGAGAAGGAGAGAGACGGAGGAGUUGGAGAGGAGAGUUGAGAGAAGGAGAGAGCAGGAGGAGGAGCAGACCAAGGAGGAGGCUCCAGCCCAAGUAGGGGAGGAGGAGGAAGAAGAGGAGGUGCAUCAUCUGAGGUUGGAGGAGACCAGCGCCUCCCUAGCUGCAGCUCUGGAAGCUGUGGAGCAGAAGAUUAACCAGGAUCACACACACAACCAUUCUCUACUGGAGGAGAAGACGACAGUCAACAUUCUAGACGACAUCGGCAGCAUGUUUGACGACCUGGCGGACCAGUUGGACGCCAUGUUGGACUAGAGCUCCCAGCGUCGCUACGACAACCAGCCAAGAGCUGACUGCUUACGCCAGCUAUCCCAGGGUGCUUUGCGGCUCCUGUAUAGAAUAGCUAUGAUAGAAGUGUUCCUGUGUGUUCAUAUUCCUGACGUAGUGCACUACUAUAGAGCUCGGGUCGACUGCACUACAUAGGAGGGAAUGGGGAUGUUACCGUGGUGAUGUUACCGUGGUGUUGGGUGGUAGAUGUUCCUGAAGCAGGAAGUUGUAGAUGUUUGUAUUCUCCCUCCCCUCUCAUUGGUCAAGAAGUAUUCUGAAAGCACACACACACACAUGCAGGUAGACAGACAGCCACAAGGUGUUAAGCACAGAAACAGACAGACAGACAGACAGACAUACAGACAAACACAAGGUGUUAAGCACAGAAACAGACAGACAGACAGACACAAGGUGUUAAGCACAGAA